AUGUUACAAGCAAAUCUUUCCAGAGUGACUGACUUCAUUCUUGGUGGGUUAACCGACAAACCAGAGCUUCAGCUGCCUCUCUUUCUCCUCUUUCUAGGAAUCUAUGUGGUCACAGUGGUGGGGAAUCUGGGCAUGAUCACCCUCAUACAAUUCAGUUCUCACCUGCACACACCCAUGUACUUUUUCCUCUGCAGUCUCUCCUUAAUUGACCUCUGUCAUUCCACUGUCAUUACGCCCAAAAUGCUAGUGAACUUUGUAACAGUGAAGAACAUCAUCUCCUAUCCUGAAUGCAUGACUCAACUCUACUCCUUCCUUGUGUUUGGUAUUGCAGAGUGUCACAUGUUGGCUGCAAUGGCAUAUGACCGCUAUGUGGCCAUCUGUAAUCCAUUGCUUUACAAUGUUACAAUGUCCUCUCAAGUCUGUUCAUGGAUGAUAUUUGGGGUGUAUAGUAUGGGUUUUAUUGGUGCCACAACUCACACAGUGUGCAUGCUAAGAGUACAUUUCUGUGAGGCUGAUGUAAUAAACCAUUACUUCUGUGAUCUUUAUCCACUCUUGGAGCUCUCCUGUUCUGAUACUUUUAUUAAUGAAGUAGUUGUUCUGUGUUUCAGUGUUUUUAACAUCUUUGUUCCAACUCUGACUAUCCUGACCUCUUACGUCUUCAUCAUUGCUAGCAUUCUUCAUAUUAAAUCAACAGAAGGCAGGUCUAAAGCCUUCAGCACCUGCAGCUCACACAUAUCAGCUGUCGCUGUCUUCUUUGGUUCCCUUGCAUUCAUGUACUUACAGCCAUCAUCUGUCAGCUCCAUGGACCAAGGGAAAGUGUCCUCUGUCUUUUAUACUAUUAUCGUUCCCAUGAUGAACCCUGUGAUCUACAGCCUGAGAAAUAAAGAUGUCAAACUUGCUCUGAAGAAGUUAUAUGAAAAAAAAUUCUCAUGA